AAAAAACUUUAGACUUUACCAUAGACAAUAUUUUCUGUAUACUUUUUGUUUGCUCUCGUUUCUUUUUUGCGAAACUUACGGGUUUAUUUGUAAAAAUGAUUCUAUCAAAAAUCUAAAGAUUCUUUGUAAAAAUGAAAAGGACUACACAGUUAUUCGAUCUAUACUGGGAAGACAUUCUUGUUGACAAAGUUCUGCCACACCUCACAAUGCGCGAGUGUUUUAACUUUCGAUGUGUAUCAAAAACAUGCUUACAAAUAAUAGACAUGUAUUUUUCAAAGCUCAAAGCACUAAAAUUGAUGAACAAAGGCUUUUCGCCACACACAUUUAGUGUGUUUACAGUAAAUUGUACAAAACUGAAUGUGUUAAAUCUGAGCAGAUGCGCUACCCUCACGGAUGCUGACCUCAUUCCUAUGUUACUCAAUAACCCUGGAUUGGUUGUUCUAAAUCUCAGCCAGUGCAAGAAUUUGUCAGCCAAGUGCUUGCAACCAGUUAUUCUCUACUGCAACAACUUAAAAACUUUAAAACUCGCGCGUUGUGCGUGGCUCACUACUGGAGCCAUGGAAGCCUUGGCAUUACACCAAUGUAAACUAGAAGAUGUUGACUUCUCACACUGUUUGAGUAUAUCAGAGAGCUGUAUUCUGAUAUUUAUUAAGAAAUUUAGAUAUUUGAAGACAUUGAACCUCGAAGGUGAUAAGCAAGUAACAGAUAAAAGCCUAUAUGCUUUAUCCAAAUACAGCACUUCAUUGCAGCUACUCAAUUUAGGAGGUUGUACUGAAGUCACAGACAAGGGAAUCAGAGCUUUAGCUCUCCAUAGUCCAAAAUUGGCAGGACUUUUAGUGAGAGGUUGUACUAAAGUCACCGAGAACAGCUUACAGCUUAUGAGGAAUCGAGUAAACCUGGACAGAAGACCUGUAGAUCCUGUCCCAUUGCCAAUUUAUGUCCAAAUAUAAUGAAUGAACAAACUCAGUGGGUUUUGUGCAGACUAUAUGAGACUACCAUGUGGGAACACCAUAUUGUCAUCAGCUUCAAGGAACUGUAGAAAUGAAAUAUAAAUUUUUUAUAA